GUUGACAAGUUGAGAGGUCGUUAGCAAAAGACGGCUGGCACACUUUUGUUACGGUCAUAAUAAUUGAAGUCAGUCAAGUAGUCCUGUGUCCACGAUUUGCUAAGCUAAAACCUCUUGGAAGAAGCUUAUCGGUUGCGAGAGCGCCAGCUGGUAACGGACUGGUAACGGUAACCCAGAUGUUAAUAAGCGUUGCUACUUAGCUAGCUAACGUUAGCAGGCUGUGGUUGGCUUGGGCAAGACAGGUGUUUGGACUUAUUGGAGCUAACGUAACUAGCUCAUGUCAUAAACUUCGAGGAAAAAUACCAAAGAUGGGAGUGUCUGUGCGAGGCCUGUACUUUGUGGUGACCCUAUUUUUGGGUAGUUUCUUUGGAAGUGUCUUCAUGCUGGGUCCAGUUUUGCCACUCAUGCUGCUGUCUCCUGCUUGGUACCGCUGGCUGACUGAUCGGAUCAUUGCUACUUGGUUCACCCUGCCUGUGUCCUUGCUGGAGCUAGUAUUUGGAGUGAAAGUGGUAAUAACAGGUGAUGGCUUCAUUCCGGGGGAGCGUAGCGUGAUCAUCAUGAACCACCGUACCCGUCUGGACUGGAUGUUUCUUUGGUGUUGUCUGCUCAGGUACAGCUACCUUCGUCUAGAGAAGGUCUGCCUCAAGGCUGCGCUCAAGGCUGUGCCUGGCUUUGGCUGGGCAAUGCAGGUGGCCUGCUUUGUCUUUAUUCAGCGUCGUUGGGAGGAGGACAAGAUUCACUUGGAGAACAUGCUGGACUACUUCUGUGACAUCAGAGAGCCCCUUCAGCUGCUACUGUUCCCUGAGGGCACAGACCUCACUGAAAAUACAAGAGCAAAGAGUGACACAUUUGCUGCCCAGAACAACCUGCCAAAAUUUGAGUAUGUGCUGCAUCCCCGAACCACUGGAUUCACAUUUAUUGUGAACAAACUACAAAAAGGAGACAACCUGGAUGCCGUCCAUGACAUUACAGUGGCUUACCCCAAGAACAUCCCUCAGACAGAACGCCACCUCAUUUUGGGGCUUUUUCCACGUGAGAUCCACUUCCACGUCCGCCGCUAUCCAGUGGCUUCACUGCCCGCCUCUUCCUCUGACCUUGAGUCUUGGUGUCGAGAGCGCUGGGCUGAGAAGGAAGUCCGUCUCCGUGACUUCUACUCAAGUCAGCCCCGAGCCUUUGACAGGGACGGUGUUGCACAUGUGCCACCUUGUAAGUCAGAGCUGCGGGUGGCUCUGAUCAAAGUUGCCUCUCUCCUGUACUGGAGCAGCUUCAUUGCGUUUUGCUUUACUGGGCUGUGGCUGUGGGCGCCAUUCAGGCUCUACUUCCUGGUGAUUGUUGGAGUGUAUAUGGCCCAGCAGAAGUUGGUCGGAGGGCUGGAGCUGCUAGAAUUGGCCUGCCAUCGAUACUGGAAAUCUGUGGCUGUAGACAUAGGUGACAAGAAUAAGGUGUUGGAUGAGAAGAAGCAGUGAGGCUGGAAGACAAGGGUGACUGGACAAUGACAUGUUUUCAGCUAUGCUCAGCAAGGACACCAUGGACUCAGUUAACGUGAUCUGUUCAGUUCAAGGCACUAGAGGAUCCCUUUGAGGGGCCUGGUGCGCCAUACUAUAGAAAGGGAAUAAUAAGUCAACUUCAAAGUGGUAUGCAUGGCUUCAGUGGAGAAACUUGCCUUUCUGUUGAAGAAGAAAAGAGGAAUGUUGCAUUUAUCUGUGCUGGGUUCAAGGAAUUCAUCACAAGUUUAUUAGCUUGCUGUCAGUGCAUUUUAUCUGUUAUAUAAGUGUGGACAUGUGUCAUGCUGUUUAUAUUUGUUAUAUUGUUAUCAUGUCUAUGAAACAGCUUUUAUUGUUUACUGUGUUGCCCUUCCUUUUAUAUCUGUCACAAAUUAUGGAGCAGAGCCAUAUUACAGACCACCUGUACACAUAUGACUUGACUCUAACAUUCAAAUAAGCACUGUAGUUAGCUGUAUUAGACUGGUGGGACUAGUUAAACAAAUCAGUUGAAAUUAACAGUCUCUAGCAAGAAAAGAAAAGGACAGCUAUAAUUCCCAGAGAAUUUUUAAGGUGUAUACAGGUAUAUAUGUGUACCGCUGUUUACCUUUGUUAGGUAUAAUUACCCUUUUAUACAAAUUUGGGAAUAAACUUUUCCCAGUUAGUCCUUGGAGGUUUCUCAUGAGAUGAUGUUUAUUACUGUAUAGGUCUUAAAACAUAAAUGAUGUUACUCUGCUUGUUUGGUCAGGUUGCUUUUGCACAUUAAAGCCAAAGGUGAGAAAAGCAGGUGGGGCGUAAAAAAGUAACCAAACAAUAUACUCUGUCUUGUCACAGAAUGUUAGCUUAACUCAAAGUUGGCAAAGUCGUCUGUAGAUGCGCCGAGGCAACAGCUCAUUGGAAUCAAAGAUCUGACUUGAGAUCUUAUGUGUGGAGAAGUGUAGAAGAAAAAGCAUUAUGUCCUUUCUGAGAAUGAGGAGACAGGAUGUGGGUGGUACUGCAGUGAAAGAAUGUCCUGUUGGGACAACAUUACCCCUCGAUGUGCUGGGUGGCACAGAGGACCAGACUUGGAGUGGAAAACUGGCCCUGAACUCAACCUAAUCCAAAAAAGCUCUGUAAUGCCUACCUCUGCUUGUGUCCCUCUAAAGGACUGGCAGUGAUGAGCCUGCUAAACUCAAUUAGCAAAUGACAGCUGAGAAAGCUAUGCCAAUUGUGCCAAAAAAGGACAGAAAUUGAAACAGGAUUGGAGCGGCACUACACCCACUUUUUUAUCCACCGACUCCUUACCAGGCUCAAAACCAUUUCAAACCAUGUUCAGUCUUGGGGUCAGGGAACAUUUGUAUCUUGGACAGUCUAGCAGUUUCUGUAACACUGUAAUUUGUGAUCAAGCAGACCAAUGUCUCAUGGUUGACCGCACAAUGUAAAGGAGACUGAAGCAUCUUUCUUGUUUGUAUGAAUCUGAAACUCCUGUAGUUAAAGCGCAAUGCGGUUGUUUCCAGUCACUGUGAUCAGCUGUGUUAAUAAUUUUAUCAUCAGCACGUUGUAGUCUGAACCAGGUAUAAUCUAUGUCUAUUACUCUUUUACUUUUGCUGUUUUGUGUUGCUCAGUUUACAAUCACUUGCUGAUGCUGGACCUCUUUAAAGUCACUGUCCUCAGGUAAACACAGUGGAUACUGUUAUGAGACUGUCUCUUAAAGGAAAAAAUAAAUAUGCUAUA